AUUUAUUCGCCAGCCUCAAUGGAAACCAAUGAAAACAACAAAAUGGUUUCAAGUUCCAUAAAAGGUGUCAGCUGGCUUAUGAUCCUGGUUAUGGCAAUAAAAUGUGAUACUGCAAUGGUCAAUACAUUAUAAAAGGGAUAUAAUUUAAGACAGGAGACAAGGCUACUCAAAAGCUGAGAGAAAAAUGACUAAGAAUCACUUUGCUACAUUAGGAGUGAAGCCUGGGGCUACAGAAGAUGAAAUCAAGAAAGCCUAUCGCGGGUUGGCGAGGAAAUUCCACCCAGACAAGAACAAGGAUGCUGGAGCAGAAGAGAAGUUCAAAGAAAUAUCUGCCGCCUACGAGUUUUUAAAGAACAUUGACAGACGGGAAAUUCAUGAAAGGGAAGUGAACAGGCCUAAACCAGCGACAACUCAACCAACAACUACCAACUUCACAAGAAAUGAACAGAAAACUAAUAAUUUUGGGACGUAUGAGUCUUCAUGGUCAAAGAAAUUUGGAGAGAGUUCUGAUAAGCGUUACAAUGAUUCUACUUUUGGACAUUUUGCAGACGAGGGCAAAGAAAUGCCAUUUUUCACGAGAAAGGAUAAACCACCGAAGUCAAAACCAAAAAAGAAAGAACCCAGCCCAAAAGCAAGCAAAUCCAGACCGAGACGUCCAUGGUCUCAAGGUUGGACGGAUCCAGACACCAGCGAUUACUACGAAUAUUCGGAACCUCAGACUCCGAAAACGAACUUUUCCUUCGCCUUCAAGUCGUUUGUGGAUGAUCUUGGGAUGUCAUUUGAGACGUUUUUCAUGGGUCAGCCAAUGCAUUCUGGAGUGUUUGAAUUUUCUGCAUUUUUCGAUGAGCCGUUCGAUGAGUUUUUUGGCCAGGCACAAGGUAACUUUAGCACGACUAACACACCCCGGCGACCCAGAAAACGUAACGUUGCACCAGAACGAGGCAAAAAUGGGCUGGACCCGGAGUACAUGUUUAAUUUCGGUGAAACUCAAAAUGAUGCACAAACUGGGCGAAGGGAUAAAACGUUUGUGUUUGAUGAUAAAACCAACAGGAAAUAUGAUUCUGACGAUGAAAAUGAAGAUGCCACACCAAAACCGGAAGAUAUGGAUAGCCAACUGUUCAAGUGUACAUACUGCGAGAAAAGAUUACCCUUCAGUCAAUUAUCCACCCACGAGCCAAGCUGCGCGUUGAGACACGGAGGUCGUUUCGACGUUGAAAGCGACACGGAGGCGGACGCGACAUUUGGUGACGGUGACGACAUCUAUCACGGCAUGGGAAGUCCUGCAGAAGACCAGUACCCCCAGACAACCGGCGACUGGCGGCAGACGCACGAGGAGCUCAUACGGAACAUUCGACGUGCAAAACGAGCCCACAAGAUGAACACUCGUCGGUAUAAUUCGGCAACCAUGCCUGGGACCGCUCACAGCCGAGAGACACGGGACACAAAUGAUGAAGGAAUUGCUCAAGUGAGAUGCAAGUGGUGUGGUCGCUCAUUCAGUCACCCAGCAGCCAAACACCACAUUCCCUUCUGCGAGAAGUGGACAAAGGAACAUGGCACGCCCCUCAAUCCGGUGGGAAAACCCGCAGCGAGAGAUUACGGCAGUAAAUACCAGAAAGCUAAGGAGUAUGCGAAGAAAAUCCCGCGACCGCCUGGCAAGUCGAGUGAGGACAAUGAUUCAGACUCCCCUAGGUCACCCCGUUAUGACCACUUCCCCACAGCUGGGUCCAGCACUAAAAGGGAAACCAUGGACCAUCCUGGAGCAAGAAGUGGGACAGGGCUAAAUGCAACCUCUACAGCACGAGGAGGUCGUGACUCGCCCUUGUCCAGUAAGAGCUCCUCUCCAGGCUACACUCCCCGUGCCAGACCCACGAUGAACGCCAACACAAAGAGCAAGCCAUUGCAUAGAGAUGAGCAUAACAGCUCAUUUGGCAGCAACCUAGAUGACAGCUACGGCUUUGGUUUAAGUGGCUCCAAGAUCAAAACCUCAUCUAGAUCGAAAGUUGGUGAGUCAUGUCCAAUCUGCAAAAAGAAUUACGGCUCACACGGGAGAUUUUCAUGCAAAUGUGGCAUAAGAAAAACUGGAGCGUGAUUUGAGGACUGGAUGUUUAAUGGGGAUUUUUAUAUGGAAAACAUUAGCAUGAUGUGAAGAUUUUUUGUGGAAAACCAAAUUUGACUGGGGAAAAUGUUUUUCCUAGAAAAUAGGGCCAUGAUUAGGAGAAUUAAUUUGGUGGAUUGUAUUAACAUGGAUUCCUUGUCAGAUUAUUCCUAAUUGACUCCAAGCACUAUACUAAGCUUUGUACAGAUGUAUUAAAGUAACAUUCAAUAUGGAAAGUAAUUGAUAGGUAUGUAAUUUUCCAAUUAAAGCAUUUAACUUUGAAGUCCACUGUUAGCAGAAUCAAGUGCCAUAUGUGUUAUGUACAAACAAAAUUGAUGUUUAGAGAAUGUACUUCCAUUAUAUUAAUUCUAAUGUUUUUGUGUAAGUGGUAAAUAUACAUGCUCAAGUUAAGGUGUUGAUGACCUCAGCACCGUACAGAUUAUUUCACCAUCUUAUUAUUGUAAGGGCACUUAUAUUAAAAUUAAGUUGCAAUGCUUUUUAAAAGGUUUUUGAAAAAAAUAUUAUAGAUUAGAUUUUUUUUCAUUUUAAGAAGUGGACUACCCUUUUGAAGCUUAUUUCUUAUGAAUUUAUAGCAUUUGUUUAUAAAUCAAGUAAGUCAUUUUGUUAAUCUAAGUUUAUGGACCCAGAUAAAUUAGUGUGCUCUUAAGAUUUUAUCCAGUGGGAACAUUAUUUAGUAAUGAAACCAUAUAUUUGAUAUUAUCCUAUUUAUUCCAUUAUUGAGUGGGUUUUAGCCACCAUUUAGUGGAUUGUAGCCAUUCCAUGUACAGUAAAACUCAUCAUGGAGACCUUUUAAACAAAUUUGUUUGGAUCAUUUUAAUUUUUUGCCCAAUCAUGAAAUUUGUUUAGAACAUUUAAUGCAAAAUAUAUAAUAGAAUGUUCCAACAUGUUUCCAGUAAAAAAAAUAUUGCAACAAAUUGUCAUCAUAUGGCUUUAGUGAAACCUAUAGUGUAAACACUCUAGAAGUCAUAUUUGUUAACAAUGUUCAUAAAAUUUGACAAUUUGUUUUAAUGAUCUUAGCUGUGUUCAAAAAUGAUUCAGGGCUGUUGAAAAAUAUGGCUGUCAGGUGGCAGGGCCGUUUUUCUUUUACAGUAAAACCCUUUUAACUCUCUUUAAUUCAAUAUUUUGCCAAAUCAUAAUGAAAUUCGCUAAGAACAUGUCUUCUAAUGAUUUCUGGGACAAAUUAGAAAUUGGUUCUUAUCUGUUUUAAUAGUGCUGCUUGGGAUGGGUGGCAGUUUUCUAUAUGUGGCUGUAGUUAAACAUUACCGGCUCACAACAGGUAAGGUACUCUGGGUCUCAGGUGAGCGCCUAAAUUGCUAAUGGCCCUCUUCUUAUGCUAAAGAGAAUUAUUUCAAAUAUUUGUAUUUGCCUUUUUCUAACAAUAAAAACACUUAUGUAAAAACAGUAUUUGCUUACUGAUUUUUUUCUUUCAGCAAUUCAUAAACAAUGUCUUAACCCUUCUUUUGUCAAAAUUGUUUCUAGUAUUAUCAAAAUGUUUAAACAAAACGGAAAAAAUGAAUUGAAUCGCUAAAAAGUUGCUAAGGUUUUGAUUUUGAAUGGAGUAUAGAUCAUAAUGCGAAGUGGCUAACUAAAAAUCAUUUAAAGCAAACUAUGCUCCUGUAACUUAGCGAAAUUCUUGGGAAAAAGGCUGCCUGUAUGUUUGAAUUUUAAAACUCUGUUCAUGAGCGAAAAUUCUUGGGAAAAAGUCUGCCUGUAUGUUUGAAUUUUAAAACUCUGUUCAUAAAUACAACUCCUGUAAAUAAUUACUAUAUUUUUAUAAUUAAAUUGUGUAGUGGUCUCUAUGAAAAAGUUUUACUGUACUUUUGAUAUUUGACCUCAAGUAUUUAACCUAUGUGUGAUUACCACAUGUGAACUGACCAAUCACCAUAAUGUCUCAUUUGUCAUAGAAUGGUGCAUGUUUUAUCAGUCUAGACAUCUUUCACCAUCAUAAAUAUUAUCAAUGUCAGCAUUUUUCCCCAGCAAGUCUGAUACAUGUCAGUAAAUUAAUAUUGGAUGAGAGCUUAGCUUUAAUUCAAUAUUGAUGUAUUUGAAUGUUGGAUCUGAAACCUGCCUACAUGUACAUGUAUAUAACAAUUCUAUGAGUAUUACAAGAGGCUCAGUGGGUGUGACAGGCCCUUCAGAGGUCUUGUGAAGUCAGAUUCCAAUUCACAAUAUACAGUCAUAUACAAUUAACAAUGUUUGUUAUGAAAAUAUUGAUAUAUUUUUAUGCCCCCGGAUCGACUGAUCGGGGGUAUAUUGUUUUUGGCCUGUCUGUCUUUCUUUCUGUCUGUCAUUCUGUCAUUCUGUCAUUCUGUCCCAAAAAUUUAACCUUACAGUAAAGUUUUGCAAUAACUUUUGAAAUAUUGAACAUAGCAACUUGAUAUUUGGCAUGCAUGUGUAUCUUGUGGAGCUGCACAUUUUGAGUGGUGAAAGGUCAAGGUCAAGGUCAUCAUUCAAGGUCGAAGGUCAACAACAUAAAAAAGCGGCGCAUUAGGGGGCAUUAUGUUUCUGACAAACACAUCAUCAUUCUCUUGUUACUAUUUAUGACUUACUUUUUAAUGUGUUUAUGUAAUUUUCUCUAAUUGAAAUAUUUUGUGUUUUUAAAUGUCUGUUUUUUGUUCAUGACUGUGUUAUAAGACACAUUGGUACACGUGCCUACUGUUUACAUUUGAUUGCUGGAAGUCGCAUGGACCAGAAUAAAAGCGUUGAGAAAUUGUCUUUAUACAUAUAUAAGGUUAGACAUUUACUGGUAACCAUCAGGGUUUUUAAUGUUUAAGAUCCUUUGAAGUAACUUUUGAAAAUUGCUUGAAUAAAAACAAAUUACAUAUUUAACUAGUUUUUGUUUUGAUUUUUUGUUUACAUUAAAAUGUCUUAAAAAAGUAAAUACUGCUGCUAUUUUCCAAUUGUGAGCUCAACACUUGACGUGCCUCCAGAUUUGCAAUUGAAAAAUAUUCUGAUAUCUUUACGAUAGUUAUUUACAGACACAAACAUAUAUAUAUAUAUUUAUAUUGUUUGUGUUAUUUGUUUAAGUUUUUUUUAAGUAUUUGAUAUUGAAAAGUUUGUCUUUUAAAUUUUAGCUCGGCCGUUUUCGGAAAAAACCUGAGGUAUUGUCAUAGCCAGCUCGUUCGCCAUCCGCCGAACGUGUCGUGCUAAAACCUUAACAUUGGCUCUAAAAUCAAACUUCAUAUGUAGCUGCACCUUGAUGAGUUCUACAUGCCACACCCAUUUUUGGGUAUUAAGGUCAAAGGUCAAGGUCACUGUGACCUCUAAAUUGUUCUGAAAGCUUUCAUUUAUUCAAAACUGCACCGGCAGCCGAGCGUUGGCACCUGCUAUGCGGUGCUCUUGUUUAAUUGAACAAUCGCCUUAAAUCAAUUGCCUCUAAAAAAUUCACCUUGAAUCAAAUGCCUUGAAUCAAUCAUAUAGAAUCAGUGGCCUUGAAUCAAUCAUAUUGAAUCUAUUGCCUACAACCGUUAAUAAAUUGCCUUGAAUCAACGUUCUUGAAUAAAUCACAAUCAAUACAUGCUCAAACUACUAGUAAGUGGUGACAGAGGCAUGUUGUAACUGUGACUAUGCUCCUCAUAAUUUCAAAUGUUGCAGCAGGAAUUCAUAUAGUUUUUAAGAUAAAGCCCUACACAGUUUUUUGACUGACAGACAGAGGGACUGACAGAUGGACGGACAAUGCCAAUUCUAUAACCCUCUACCUUGGGGGUGGGUGGGGGGGAGAUAAUAAAUUGAAACAAGCAAAUUCGUUGAAUUGAUAUCCCCCGCCAAUAUGUUUCUGGACACAAAAGUGUUAUAUUUGACACUCAGCUAAAAAGCAUUUUUUUUAAAUACAAAGGACCAUAACUCUGUUUUUUACAAAUGGUGUACAUUGCCAUUUGGCGUGCAUCAUCCUCUUAUCCAUAUAUAUAUAUACUCAUACCAAGUUUCAAUGAAAUCCGCCAAAGCACUUCCAAGAUAUGGCUCCGGACACGAAAGUGCCGGACGGACGGAAAGACGAAAGGACGGACAACGCAAAAACAAUAUCCCUCAUAACAAUUGAGGGAUAACAAUUAAAGUGUGAGUUGGUUGAUGACCAGCUUUAUACAGCAAAAUACUUUUGGAAACGAGGAAGAAAAAAAAAAUCAUGAUGGUUUGCUUGUUUUACCUGAGCUAACAAUAUGACCGUUCAAUUAGUUUUCUUGCCGAGGCUUUUGUCUUUAUUCAUUAAUUACAUUUUCUCUCGAUAGCUAUGUGUUUGUGCUACUUCAGAGAUGGAGCAUGUUUCGAGGAUCGCCAUCUGUUAAUCUGUAGUUUAUGUUUACAAGUUAUUAUUUCAUUUAUUCAUUAUUUUUCGUGUAUUACAUUAUUAUUGUGAUAAAACUAUUUAAGACUUGCGAAAAUUGUUUAUCAUAGUUCAUUGUUUAUCCUGUGUUUAUUGUGUUGUUAUGUUAUUUUCCUGAGAAUAGUGUAACGGUAAUAUAAUACUCAUUUCAUUGUUUUCUCCACCUUAUAGGGUAGUUUUUCGCUACUAGUCCAUUUUGAUGUAGUUCAUUUUAUCCAUACUUUAUUUUACCAUGUAGAUCACAGUCUUUGUUAAUGUCGUAUAUUUAAUUAUAUUAUUUGUUUUGUUUGAUUCUUGCCAAAUGCACAUGUAUUGUGUGAUAUAUUUAUGGAUAGUUUUGUCAGUUCAUUUGUUGUUUUGAUUCUGAUACCUAGUGUGUACACUGUGGAAACCUUGUCAAUUUGUAGCAGAACAUAUAUUCUAAACGUUUGAAAUUCUCAUUUACUGUUAUAUGUUUACCUUUACCUGAAAACAACCAUAUUUGUAUAAUUUCUACGCAAAGUAUUACCAAGUUGGUAAGAUUUUUUUGGAAUACCUCUUAAAAAGCUUUCCAGGUCAUUGUAAACAAAAUAUAAUAAUAGUAUUGAACCAUAAUCUAAUUAUGUAAUAUAUAAUGAAGGGCUGUUUGUUAUUAUGGGCCACAGGUGUUCGGUGCUUGGCAAAGUUACUAAAACACUAUCAAUAUGUAAUAAAAACACAUUUUUCAUCACUUUGCCAAAAAUUAAUUUCCAAUAUAAUUUAUUUAUAUAUAUUAUAUCAGAAUUUUUAUUUUGGUCAAAUCGACGGAAAAGGUUGUUUUAUGACAUAUUGAUAGUGUUUUAGCGACUUGGCCACGCGCCCAACACCUGUGUUAAGAACAGAAUCAUUAUUUAUACUUGUUUCAAUGUGAUUACGCAAUGGUGGUUAAGUUUUUUACUUGAUAUUUUAUAAAUCAAUAAGUCAAUCAAUUGCUAGUAAUUUGGUGACAAUCUAUUAUCUAUUAAAUAAAUAUUGUUGAUAUUACAUGGAAAAUGUCUUUAAAUUAAUUUCAAUUGAUAUCUAGACAUGAAAUGAAUUUGUUCUUUUGAAUUUGUUCUUUUAAAAAAAUCAAAUAACAUCUGUGUUGCUAAUGAUUUCAACAUUUAGAAUCACCCAGAGAGAGUGUUUUUAGGGAUUGUCCAACAGUACCAAAAACUGGGUCUUGCCUCAAUUGUUUCACAACAAGAACUUUCAUGUUAUAAAUAAUUAGGCUGAAUAGAUAAGGCUUAAAAUAUCUAAAUUGUUUUAAAAUAUUAUCUAAAACAUAUCUCAAUGUUCUUUAUUAAAAUGUUUUAUAAUGUGAAAAGUGAAGCGUUGCAAACUAAAAUGUGCUUAUAUUGUAUAUUCUACAUGUUACUUUGUGUAGAUCCUAUCAGUAUUAUUUGUUACAAGACAAUAUUUGUAUUAAGGUUGAAAUAUGCAUGAACCAUGUGAUUUUAUACAAUAAAUCCAACCAAUUAAA